AUGUGGAGGAUUUCGUUUAAUCUGUUGAAACAGGGGAUUAACCCAGCGACUCGCGCUAAGCCGAGCUUUAGGCUGAUUCCACCCCCCGGAUUAAUGGCCCCACCGUCUUAUUGCAGCUCCUCCGUUAACGGAGGCGCCGGAAGUUGCGACAGUAAUAAUGGGAAUGGGAUGACUUAUGCGGAGGCGAAGAGGCUGAUGAGGCUGGUGAACGUGGAGGCUUUGAAGGAGAAACUGGGUGUGGAGGAGAAGGAGGUGAUUGGGUAUUCUGAGCUUUUACACGCCUGUGAGAGUAUAGGCGUCGCCAAGUCCGCCGUGGAGGCCGCCGCCUUUGCUCGAGUUCUUGAUGAGGCCGGCGUCGUUUUUCUCUUCCGGGACAAAGUGUAUCUACACCCUGAUAAGGUGGUUGAUCUUGUUAGAGGGGCAGUUCCCCUUCUCCUUUUACCUGAAGAUGAUCCAAGCAAGGACGAGCUUAAGAAGUUGCAAGAAAAGAAGGAAGAAAUCGACAUGCUAGCUCACAAGCAAGUACGUCGCAUUUUGUGGACUGGACUUGGACUUUCUCUGGUACAAGUCGGGCUUUUCUUUCGUCUAACUUUUUGGGAAUUUUCUUGGGAUGUUAUGGAGCCCAUCACAUUUUUCACAACCACAACUGGAAUAGUCAUAGGCUAUGCUUACUUCUUAUUCACUUCGAGAGAUCCUUCUUACCAAGACUUCCUAAAGAGGCUAUUCCUGUCUAGGCAAAAGAAACUCAUCAAGAAACAUAAUUUUGAUAUUCAGAGGUUUGUGGAACUGCAAAAGAAAUGCAAAUUAUCUCCAGAGACUUAUACCUCCUUCAAAAGGCGGGUAGGGGUAGAAGUGGAUCCGGAGGAUCUUUUACAUGACCAUUGA